AUGGGUCUGAACAUGGCAAUAAACCUAAAUGUGCAUGAACUGUUGGUGAUGGGAGAUUCAGAUUUGCUUAUUCGGCAGGAUCAAGGUGAUUGGGAGACUCGAGACAUAAAGCUCAUUCCAUAUAGACAAUGUGUGGAGGAUCUUAGCAAAAGGUUCAAGUCCAUCGAGUUCAGGUACAUUCCUAGGUUUCACAAUGAAUUAGCUGAUGCCUUGGCGACCCUGGCCUCAAUGCUUCCAUAUCUGGGUAAUACUCACAUUGACCCAUUAGAAAUUCAAAUUCGGGAUCAACAUGGUUAUUGCAAUACAAUUGAAGCAGAACUAGAUGGUGAACCAUGGUACCGUGAUAUUAAACAGUUUCUGAAAACAAGAGAAUAUCCGGAACAUGCUAAUAGGAAUCAAAAGAGAACCAUUAGGCGUCUCUCUAAUGGUUUCUUUUUGAGUGGGGAAAUCCUAUACGAAAAAACUCUAGAUUUGAAUUUGUUGAGAUGUGUGGAUGCCAAAGAAGCUGAAAUGAUUAUGAAUGAGGUGAAUUCGGGAGUUUGUGGUCCGCACAUGAAUGGAUAUGUUCUAGCAAAGGAGGUAUGUGAACAAUUUAAAAUUGAGCAUCACAAUUCUACUCCUCACCGUCCCAAAGCUAAUGGAGCUGUUGAAGCUGCGAAUAAGAACAUCAAGAAGAUUCUUAGGAAGAUGAUCCAAGGGUCUAGACAAUGGUACGAGAAACUGCCUUUUGCUCUUUUGGGAUACCGGACAACUGUCCGUACAUCAGUUGGCGCAACGCCCUACUUAUUGGUUUAUGGAACUGAAGCGGUCAUACCUGCUGAAAUUGAGAUUCCCUCUUCCCUCUCUCCGAAUCAUUGUUGA